GGUGACAACUGCCCACAUUUACAGUUUUACUUCUAUUAUGAAUUAAUCAAUGAUUCUUCUCUCUAUCAAUUGUCUAAUCUUGCUCAAGGCUCAUGGAGAUCUGCCGAAUACUUCCAUUUAUAGCCGAUAUUGUCGCUCUUUUCUCUAAUUCACCAUUCUCUUUCUCAUUUUAUUGUUUUGUUUCUCUUGUUUGAGAUUUUUUUCUAUGAAAAGCAUUUGUCGUCAAAUUUGAUUCCAAAAAAGAUACAGGACAGAUUCUUCCUAUAGGGCUUCUUUUGCGGUUGAGAUCAAGUGGAUAAGAAGCCGAGGUCUGAUCACAGAUCGGCACUCUAAUUGCAAUUUUCAGUUGAUAAUCCGUGGGAACUGAACAGCGUCUCAAUUAUAUCGAAAAGCAGCUCACUAUCAUAUUAGUAGGUGCUGCUAGCUUGGACUCGGGUUAUAUUUGCUGCAUUUCGUGUUUUUAGUUGUUGGAGAUUUUAAUUUGUUUUGGAUUUUUCAUGAGUGAAUUGUAGAGGGGGUCCUCUGCUGGAUUUGGGGAGGAUCCCAAAGUAGUGCUGUUUUAUCGACAUUUAGCUGUGGAAAGAUAUCUCAGCAAUGGACACAAGGAGUUUUCGUAGCCUUCGGAAUCUCGAUUGAUUGGGUAGUGUUGGAGAAAGAGUUGCAGUUUGGUUUGGAUAUUCCUGGACAGUUUUAGAGCUACCAAUGCAAGGAAGCAUGCUUAGCGGUACGAAUAGUGAGACGAACAAGCAUGGGACUGUAGUGAUGCCUACUCGAUUUGUCUGGCCUUAUGGGGGAAGAAGAGUGUUGCUUAGUGGCUCUUUCACCAGAUCACGUUCCUAUGUCACCGAUGGAGGGUUGCCCCACCGUAUUUCAGGUUAUCUACCCCUUGACGCCCGGUCACCACCAGUACAAGUUUUUUGUUGAUGGUGAAUGGCGUCAUGAUGAACACCAACCAUAUGUAAGCGGAAAUUAUGGAGUGGUGAACACCAUUUUCUUAUCCAGAGAAUCUGAUACGAUUCUUCCAAUUUCGGGCUCUGAUACUGCCGGUAGAUCUCGCAUGGAAGUUGAUGGUGAUCCUUCUCCGCCGGAGGCGAUUUUGAGUGCAUCGCAGGCUGAAGUGGAUCUAUCUCGCGAUCGUGUGUCUGCAUUUUUGUCCUCACAUACUGCUUAUGAGCUGCUCCCGGAAUCUGGAAAGGUGAUCGCCUUGGAUGUAAAUUUACCAGUGAAACAGGCAUUUCACAUUCUUUAUGAACAGGGAAUUUCUGUUGCUCCUUUGUGGGACUUCUGCAAGAAUCAGUUUGUUGGAGUUCUCAGUGCAUCAGAUUUCAUUUUGAUACUCAGAGAGCUUGGGAAUCAUGGGUCUAACUUGACUGAGGAAGAACUUGAGACACAUACGAUAUCCGCCUGGAAAGAAGGGAAAGCGCAUCUUACUCAACAGAUUUCUGCAUCAUAUGAUUCAUAUUUGAAUCGUCUUGUCCGUGCUGGGGCUUACGAUUCUUUGAAGGAUGUUGCUCUGAAACUUCUGCAAUCUAAAUUCUCUACAGUUCCUAUUAUUCACUCUUCAUCACAGGAUGGGUCAUGUCCUCAUCUCCUACACCUCGCUUCCCUUUCUGGAAUACUUAAAUGCAUAUGCCGUCAUUUCAAGUAUUCUUCGAGCUCCUUGCCCAUUCUUCAGAAACCAAUAUGUUCAUUUCCUUUGGGUACUUGGGUUCCAAAAAUUGGGGAGACUAAUGGAAAGCCAAUUGCAAUGCUAAGACCAAAUGCCUUGUUAAGUGCUGCUCUUUCUUUGUUAAUCCAAGCUGAUGUUAGCUCCAUACCUAUUGUGGAUGAGAAUGAUUCUUUGGUGGAUAUAUAUUGUCGCAGUGAUAUCACUGCUUUGGCAAAAGAUAGAGUGUAUGCACAGGUUCAUCUUGAUGACUUGCGUGUUCAUCAGGCCAUACAGCUGGGACAAGAUGCUACCUCUCCUCGUGGCCUCUUUAAUGGUCAGAGAUGUCAGAUGUGCUUAAGGUCUGAUCCUUUGCACAAAGUGAUGGAGCGGCUGUCUGUUCCUGGGGUGAGAAGAGUCAUAAUAGUGGAAGCUGGGAGUAAGCGCGUUGAAGGUAUCAUUUCAUUGAGCGACGUGUUCAGAUUCUUGCUUGGCUAGAUGAGAAGGGAUUUGUCAAGAAGGGGUCUGCCUGUUCAUUAUGCUCCCACAAAAUGAGGAAACAAUUGUGUGUAAAUUAGGACGAUUUCAUUUCAUUUUUCACUAUAUAUUGACUUUUUAGUUGUCCAUCUGCUGCCGGCCGGCAUAGCCACAAAAUUUGCUAUUUCCAUCGACUGAAUGCAUUCAGCGGGAAUAAAUUUGUAGCACCUGAUGAUGAUGGUCGUGCACGUGCAGUAAUGUCCAUGAAAAAAGAUUGUAGCAUGUAAAUUUAGUCAUGGAAAAAGAUUAAGAAUCUUCCGAUUCAAUACUCAUUGGAGUCUUGCAGGUAUAAAUUGUGAAAGCAAAAUUUAGUAAUAUCUUUGUAUAGAUUGUGUACUAA